UUUGUUUGCACGAGGAACUCUGAUAUACGUUUGUUUACAAUCUCCCGUGCGUGUUUUGAGUUAGCGUGGUGUCGCAGUAUAUCUUACAAGAAUGAAUUUUGAGCAGUUGAUAGAAAGUGAACUAGCAAAUUUGAACAAUAAAUUAUCAUCCAAGAAAAGGCUUUAUGAUAUUGGCGUGUAUGAAGAUGUACGGGGAGCGAAAGGUGCAACAGUACAAGAGGAUCGUUGUGGCAAAUGGGAAGAAAGUUACACAUUUGGAGAAUGUGUUGGGAGUGGUGGUGGCGAUGACGAUGAUGACGACGACGAUGACGACGACGAUGAGGAUGAGAGUGAGGGCAACGAUGAUGAUGGUGAUAGGAAAUCGGAUAUUGGUGAAGUAGCUGGAUGUUCCCAAAAUGAUGCUAAGCGAAAUUUAAUUGACACUGAUCUCCAAGAAUUAUUGAAUAUAGAUGCAAAUACUUCAGAAGUAAGAAAGAAAGCAGCUCUUCUGAUCGAAGAGAUACCAGGGCUCGAAGAUAUGCCAUCUUACAUUGAUAUGAAUCUGAAAAGAGGUACAGGAGUUGAUGAAUCAUGUAGGAAAUUAACAUCAGUUGAUAAACUGUUACAAAAAAGUGUUAUACAACCUGGAUUUGAAAAGCAGCAUGCUAUACCACAUGAAACCAGUGAGAAACGAUUGAGACUAGAAAGAAAGAAACAAAGAGAGCGCACAAAGGGUGCUAAAUGGUUUAAUAUGCCAGCACCUGAGCUCACAGAUGAAGCAAAGAAUGACCUGAUGGUUCUUCAGAUGAGGGCUGCUCUUGAUCCAAAACAUUUCUACAAGAAGAAUGACCUUAAAGUGCUGCCAAAAUAUUUCCAGGUUGGAAAAGUUGUGGAUGCACCUGAAGAUUUUUACAGUAGCAGGAUACCAAAGAAACAGAGAAAGAAGACAAUUGUUGAUGAGCUUUUGGCAGAUGCAGAGUUCAAGAAAUACAAUAAGAGACGCUACUUAGAAAUUAUUGCAGAAAAGAAGAGAACACAUCAUAAAGCACAUAAGCAUGCACAACGAUUAAAAAGGAAGGGGAAGAAAAAGUAGAUAUGUACUUGUUUGUAUAUCUGAUGAUCCCAUGUAAUUGCGUGUAUAUAUAGAUACAGGAAUAAGCAUUUUAGCAUGUAUUUAUGUUAUAAUAAAUUACAUGUGAUUUUGCAA